CUUCAACAACAGAGACACAUUAUAUAUCUCUCUCUCUCUCUCUUUACUUCCAUAUAGCUCCAAACUUUCAACUCCAUUUCAAAUGUCUUCUGCCGUAGACUCAGUUCGAGACCCUCUCGACAAGGCAUGGAAAACCCUUCGUCACCACAACAUCAAAUACAGCGAACUCCUCCUCAUGUUCCUCAAAGCUGGUCUCGCCGUUUCAACGUUCUUCCUCAUCACCCUCUUCUUCUACCUCACCCUCUCCUACCACCAACCCCUCCACCGCAACAACAACAACAACAACAUAUCCUUCAAAUACAUGAUCCAACACAAAACAACCGAGCAAAAACACCACCCCACCAACAUCUCCCACCUUCUCUUUGGUAUUGGCGGCUCCGCGUCCUCAUGGCAGACGCGGCGCCACUACUCUGAGCUCUGGUGGCGCCGCGGCGUCACCAGAGGCCAUGUCUGGUUGGACACGGAGCUACCAGAAAACGAGACCUGGCCGGCGACUUCGCCGCCGUACCGGGUCUCGGCCGACACGUCGGCGUUCAAGUACACUUGCUCGUACGGCUCGCGGUCCGCAAUCCGCUUAGCGCGGAUCGUGAAGGAGAGCUUCGAGCUGGGGAUGGAAAACGUGAGGUGGUUCGUUUUGGGCGAUGAUGACACCGUGUUUUUCCUAGACAACCUCGUCACGGUGUUGUCGAAAUAUGAUCACAAUGAAAUGUACUACGUUGGAGGGAACUCCGAGAGCGUGGAGCAGAAUGUGAUACACUUUUACACCAUGGCGUUUGGCGGUGGCGGGUUCGCUAUAAGUUACCCUUUGGCGAAGGAGUUGGUGAGGAUUUUGGACGGUUGCAUUGAUCGCUACGCGGAGUUUUAUGGUUCCGAUCAGAAAAUUCAGGGUUGUAUCAGUGAGAUUGGGGUUCAGGUCACCAAAGAACCAGGGUUUCAUCAAGUUGAUAUACAUGGGAACCCAUACGGAUUGUUAGCGGCACAUCCGGUGGCACCGUUAGUGUCGUUGCACCACUUGGACUACGUGGACCCAAUAUUCCCAAACAUGGACCGCGUUGACGCCGUUAAGAAAUUGAUAACGGCGUACGAACUGGACCCGGGUCGGGCCUUACAGAAGAGUUUCUGUUACGACCUCCGUCGGAACUGGUCCGUUUCCGUUUCGUGGGGCUACGCUGUGGAGCUUUACCCUUCUCUUCCCACGGCCAAGGAUCUCGAAAUGGCGUUCAGGACUUUCGACACGUGGCGGAGCUCGAGCGAUGGCCCGUUUACGUUCAAUACCCGACCCGUAAGUGGCGACACGUGUGAGAAGCCACUCGGGUAUAUGCUGGACCGGGUUCGCAGCGCGGGCGGGGACAAGACCCGGUCUAGUUACAAAAGACAUUUCGACGUUUCCGGGAAAGAGUGUUCGCGUGGUGAGUACGCGCGGGCUUUGGCCGUUCAAUACGUCGACGUUUCUGCGCCUCGCUUUUCGAAGGACUUGUGGAAAAAGGCGCCACGUAGGCAAUGCUGCGAGGUAGUGAACGGCCCAGAUGAUGCAAAGAACAGUGUGGUCCGCGUCAGGAUCAGAGGGUGUCGUCGAUUUGAGAGUGUGACUCCUCCGUAGAUGAAGGAAAUUGAUUGCACUUGCGAGUCAAGUUUCUUGCCAAUGGAACACUAACAGUGAUGAUUGAAGCGGAACACGACAAUAUGCUGAGACUGCAAAGUGGGGGAUCACAAGUCUAAACGGGGUUACGUCAACACCCACUCCAAAUAUUCUAUUCGAUCAUCUUUGCACGUAUAUACAAUUAUACUUAGAGAAAAAGUCCAAAGAUAUUUCUGUAGAGUCAACUUCUUUAA